ACAGCUCCUGCAGUCGGCAGCCUGCUAUCAACUGCACUGGCGCUGUUCACUGGAAGCCCGCUCAGCGCUGCUUCCUCCAAGUGUCUCAACACUGUGAGCGGGAUCUUUUCCAGAGGCUAGCCGCUGAAACUUGCCCAGUCCCCACACAGUAUCAUUCAGGGGAGCCAGGAGAGCAGCACCGGCGGCGGCUACAGUAGCGCAGAGAGAUCUUCGUCUUCUCCCCUCCACCAGACACUGAAAAGCCCCACUCUUGUCUGUCCCUCUCAGUCACUCAAGUCCUUGUUUUUUGGUCCCCGAGCUUCGCUUCUCUUUGACUCUUGUUGUCACCGCUGCUGCUGCUGCGUCGGGGAGUGAGGGCGCACGCACAGGGAGAGCCGAGACUGUAUGAGCCGCUCAGAGGUGUGCAUGAGGCGGCUGAUGAGUUAGGACUGAGCUCAGAGCAACACCUUGCGUGCCAUGGAAGUGUGCGCUCGGUGCAGGGGAAUGUACGGGCAGAAAGGGAGACCUGCCGCUUGAAAGCCAGCCUCUGUCCCAGACAAGGCGAGCAUGCCUGAGACCUGCAGACGCACUCUCUUCGCUGCAGAGGAGUUCACAUCAGACUGCCUUUCCACAAUCUGACAUUUUUUAAACUAAUCUUUUUUAUACAGCUCACAGUUUCCUACUCAGUCUUCAAUCAAGCCCCGCGUGGCUACGCUGCUUUUCGAGAAAGGUUAGAGGAUCAAUGAUGAGCAUCUCUGAGACCACUUGGCUUGGACUUUUCUAAUCAGAACCUGUUAGUCACGACACAAAUCUGCCACACAACAUCAACACCUGGCACCAUGUCUUGCUCCCUGUGGAAACUACCCACUUUCUGCUGGUUUCUCAUCACUCUAGCCCAAGUACACUCCACAGAGGGGUUCAGUCGAGCUGCCCUGCCAUUUGGCUUAGUGCGGAGAGAGCUGUCUUGUGAGGGUUACCCCAUUGAUUUGCGGUGUCCAGGAAGUGAUGUCAUUAUGAUCGAAAGCGCCAACUAUGGCCGAACGGACGACAAGAUCUGCGAUGCCGACCCUUUCCAGAUGGAGAACAUAAACUGCUAUCUUCCAGACGCCUACAAGAUCAUGUCACAAAGAUGCAACAAUCGGACCCAGUGCAUUGUAAUCACGGGUUCAGAUGUCUUCCCCGACCCCUGCCCAGGGACCUACAAAUACCUGGAGGUCCAGUAUGAGUGUGUUCCCUACAAAGUGGAGCAAAAAGUUUUUCUUUGUCCUGGGACUCUGAAAGCUGUCGGUGAACCUUCCUUUAUAUUUGAAGCGGAGCAGCAAGCCGGAGCCUGGUGCAAAGACCCACUGCAAGCCGGCGACAAAAUCUACUUCAUGCCUUGGACUCCGUACCGAACAGACACUCUAAUCGAGUACUCCUCCUUGGACGACUUUCAAAAUGCCCGUCAAACCAUCACCUACAAGCUGCCGCACCGGGUGGAUGGGACUGGAUUUGUGGUCUACGACGGGGCGGUGUUUUUCAACAAGGAGCGUACCCGAAACAUCGUGAAGUUUGACCUGCGGACUCGAAUCAAAAGCGGCGAGGCGAUCAUCAACAACGCCAACUACCACGACACGUCGCCCUACAAGUGGGGAGGAAAAACAGACAUCGACCUGGCGGUGGAUGAGAACGGGCUGUGGGUGAUUUAUGCCACAGAGCAGAACAAUGGUAUGAUGGUGAUCAGCCAGCUGAACCCCUACACGCUACGGUUUGAAGCUACCUGGGAAACGACCUACGACAAGCGCUCAGCCUCCAAUGCCUUCAUGGUCUGUGGAGUACUCUAUGUGGUCCGCUCCACCUACGAAGACAAUGAAAGUGAAGUCAGCAAGAGCCUGAUUGAUUAUAUUUACAAUACCAAACAGAACCGUGGGGAAUACGUUGAUAUCCACUUUCCCAACCAGUACCAGUACAUUGCAGCUGUGGAUUAUAAUCCGCGAGAUAACCAGCUCUAUGUGUGGAAUAACUUUUACAUCCUGAGGUACAACUUGGAGUUUGGCCUGCCUGAUCCGGCACAUGCGCCGCCGUUUUCAGAAGUCACCACGACUCCGCCUACGAAAACGACAACCGCCACGACAACAACCACAGUGCACUGGGGUGUGGACAACAAUACCACCACAACAGGGUACAAGGAGCGCAGCAGGGGAGCGCCCAGGCCACGUCCUGUAAUCCCACAGACUCCUUCCCCGCCGCCCCUGGAGUCCUUCCCUUUACCUGAACGCUUCUGCAAGGCAAUUGAGAAAAGAGACAUAAUGUGGCCUCAGACCCAGAGGGGCAUGCUUGUUGAGCGACCUUGUCCCAAGGGAACACGAGGCACAGCAUCUUAUUUAUGUGUCCUUUCCACCGGGGACUGGCACCCAAAGGGCCCUGAUCUCAGCAACUGCACCUCCCACUGGGUCAACCAAGUAGCCCAGAAGAUCCGCAGCGGUGAAAACGCGGCUAACUUGGCCAACGAAUUAGCCAAGCACACCAAAGGACCCAUCUUUGCCGGGGACGUCAGCUCCUCAGUGCGCCUGAUGGAGCAGCUGGUGGACAUCCUGGAUGCGCAGCUGCAGGAGCUCAGACCCAGCGAGAAGGAUUCUGCAGGACGGAGCUUCAACAAGGCCAUCGUGGACACGGUGGAUAACCUCCUGCGACCCGAGGCGCUCAAGUCCUGGCAGGACAUGAACAGCACCGAGCAAACUCACGCAGCCACCAUGUUACUGGAUACUCUGGAGGAAGGGGCCUUCGUCCUCGCCGACAACCUCAUGGAACCGGCUAUCGUCAAAGUCCCGGCAGAUAAUAUAAUCCUGGAAGUGUAUGUUCUCAGCACGGAUGGCCAGGUCCAGGAUUUCAAAUUUCCACAGAUCGGCAAAAGCGGCAUCUCGAUCCAGCUCUCAGCCAAUACCGUUAAGCUCAACAGUCGGAAUGGAGUUGCCAAACUGGUUUUCAUGCUCUACAAAAACCUGAGCCAGUUCCUCAGCACGGAAAACGCCACCAUCAAGAUGGACAACGACGCCUACGCCCGCAACGUCUCGGUAGCCGUCAACUCGGACAUCAUCGCCGCCUCAAUCAACAAAGAGUCCAGCCGCGUGUUCAUUAACGACCCCGUGAUUUUCACCCUGGAGCACAUUGAUAUGGAGCACUACUUCAACUCCAAUUGCUCCUUCUGGAAUUACUCUGAGAGAAGCAUGAUGGGCUACUGGUCCACCCAAGGCUGCAAACUCCUGGACUCCAAUAAAACACACACCACCUGCUCAUGCAGCCAUCUCACCAACUUCGCCAUCCUCAUGGCGCACCGCGAAACCUCAGCCAGCAGUGAAGUGCACGAGCUGCUCCUGACCGUCAUCACUCGCGUCGGCAUCGUGGUGUCCCUCGUCUGCCUCAUGAUCAGCAUCUUCACCUUCUGUUUCUUCCGGGGCCUGCAGAGCGAUCGCAACACCAUCCACAAGAACUUGUGCAUUAAUCUCUUCAUUGCAGAGUUAAUAUUCCUAAUUGGUAUCGAUAUGACGGAACCCAGGAUUGGCUGCGCCAUCAUCGCGGGGAUCCUGCACUUCUUCUUCCUAGCCUCCUUCUCCUGGAUGUGUCUUGAGGGAGUCCAGCUGUACCUCAUGCUCGUGGAAGUCUUUGAGAGCGAAUACUCGCGGAAAAAGUAUUACUACGUGUCUGGUUACCUCUUCCCCGCCAUCGUUGUCGGCGUCUCAGCAGCUAUCGACUACAGGAGCUACGGGACCAAGAAAGCGUGCUGGCUAAGUGUGGAUAAUCACUUCAUAUGGAGUUUUAUAGGACCUGUCACCUGUAUCAUCAUGCUCAAUCUCAUCUUCCUGGUGAUCACAAUGUACAAAAUGGUGAAGCACUCCACCACCCUGAAACCAGACUCUAGCCGACUGGAGAAUAUAAAGUAA